GUUUAAUUUACUCAUUAAUUUCGUUUGAAUUUGGGGGAAAAGGGUUUUGCACUGCACCAUGAGGAAAGCGAACGUCGAUCUCUCCCGUCCUCGCAUGAUUACGGACUCGGGCGCAUCGCCGAGUGGGCUCGCCGGCGAGUCGGGUUGCCCUAACAAGGAGGUCCAAGACUUCGCCUUUGCCUUUAACGACAGAAAUUUCUCCGAUCGGGUUUUGUUGAUCGAAAUCGUACCCGAUUCGCCGGGGGCCAAAUUGGAUGUCGUCGGAUGCUCCACGGUCUCCGAUUGGGCGCGUAACCGAAAGCGACGGAGGGCGGAGAUUAAGAGAGACAGUGCUGAGGACAAUGCUGUGCACCGUGAGGAGCUGGUCUUAAGUUGUAACAUGCCAGAUACAGAGGAUAAUAUGGUAUUUGAUAAUCAGGAUGAGGAAGCUGUGGCAAUGAAUGAGUUUCCUUCCGCUGUGGGAGUAAAUUUCGAAAAUUUUGUAGGAGACGACUUGGCCUGGAACCUGGACUGUCAUACAGUUAUUAAGGUUAGAACCUUACAUGUCAGUUCCCCAAUCUUAGCAGCAAGGAGUCCAUUUUUCUAUAAGUUGUUUUCAAAUGGGAUGAGAGAGUCAGAGCAACGCCAAGUAUCUCUAAGAAUUCAUGAAUCUGAAGAAGCACCCCUCAUGGAAGUUCUUAAUUUCAUGUAUAGUAACACCUUAUCUGCGAUGACACCUACUGCUUUGUUGGACGUGUUCAAGGUUGCUGACAAAUUUGAGGUUGCAUCUUGCAUGAGAGAUUGCAGUAGGUCUUUGCAGAAGUUGCCUAUGACUCGUGAGUCUGCUUUGCUUUAUUUGGGCCUUCCAUCUAGUAUUUUGAUAGCAGAUGCAGUUCAGCCGCUGACAGAUGCAGCAAAGCAGUUUCUUGCUGAACGCUACAAAGAGAUAACCAAGUUCCAGGAUGAGGUGCUGAGCUUGCCCCUUGCUGGUAUUGAGGCUGUACUGUCUAGUAAUGAUCUCCAGGUGGCCUCAGAGGAUAGUAUUUAUGAUUUUGUGCUAAAGUGGGCUCGGACCAAUUACCCAAAACUAGAAGAACGACGAGAAGUCCUUGGCCAACGCCUUGGUCGGCUCAUUCGUUUUCCACAAAUGUCUUGCCGAAAGCUUAAGAAGGUCCUAACCUGCAGCGACUUUGAUCCUGGACUUGCAACAAAGAUAGUGCUGGAGGCUUUGUUUUAUAAGUCUGAGACACCACACAGGCAGCGCACCCUAGCUGCAGCGGAUGCCAAUGCUGCCUGUCGGCGCUUUGUGGAUCGGUCUUACAAGUACCGGCCAGUAAAGCUGGUGGAAUUUGUAGAACCUCGUCUACAGUGUAGUGUGUUCCUGGACCUAAAGUGGGAAGAGUGUGCACGUUUGUUUCCAGCAGGCCGAGUGUACUCACAGCCUUUUUUCCUCGGUGGGCAGGGAUUCUUCUUGUCAGCCCAUUGCAACAUGGACCAACAAAGCUCAUUUCAUUGCUUUGGGCUGUUUUUGGGGAUGCAAGAGAAGGGAUCGGCUAGUUUUACAGUUGACUAUGAGUUCUCAGCAAGAUCAAAGCCUGGAGAGGAGUUUUUGACCAAAUUCAAGGGAAAUUACACUUUCACCGGAGGCAAGGCUGUUGGGUAUCGAAACUUGCUUGGCAUACCCUGGACUGCGUUCAUGGCCGACGACAGUAUCUAUUUCCUCAAUUCCGUUCUCCAUCUCAAGGCUGAGCUCACCAUCAAGCAAUGAGUCCUUUGUAGAGGUGGUUUGGAAGAAGCUUUAAGUAAAUGCUUGUCUAACAGUAGUUUAGAUUUCUGGAAGGCUUUAGGUACAUUUUGGCACCAGACUGGAUGCUCGUUUAAUUGAUCUCCGGUCGAGUUGCCUCAUAUGUUUGAAACUGUUUAUCCCAAAGAAAUGAAACAUGUAGGGUUUUCUGUUUUUGUUA